AUGUGCAGACACAGCAGCAUGAGGGCAGACAGUGAUGAUGAUAGAGCCAUUCAGCUUCAAGUCGCGCCCCUUGUAGAUCCACGCUUCAGGUGUCCUGACCUGCUUCUCAGGACUAUGGUGGCCCUGGUGAUGGAACCUGCAGACUCCACGUACUCCUUGUUGCCGAAUUUUGAAGCAGCCACGCGCAAGUUGAACUCUGGACUGCCGCGUGAUGUGACUAAAGAGAAGAUCUUGUCUGCCUGCAAAGACGUGGUCGACCGGCAUGGCCUCGCUGACACCGUUGGUAUUGACUUGAAGCACACUCACUUUGGGAUGCCAGCUGGCCAAGUCCUUGCUGAAGUACAAGACCCCUGGAGAAAAGAAUCAAGGAUGUGGCCCCAAGCCUUCACUGAGUCUCUCACUCCCUUUGCCUUCGCAUUGAUUGACGGCAAGUGGCAGCCCUACGAGUUUGUUGCAGAUUGUGAAGAGGCAAAGCUCGGACUUGUGGAGGUGCAGCAGAAGCCUGACUUUUUGAAGGAGCUGGCGACGCUCUUGCAGCACUUUGGCGUUCAAGACAUUCUUGGCUUUCAUGUGCUGCACCGCACGUUCCUUGAAGACGCUGGAGUGGGCGGCACCAUGGAGACACCGGGGGAGAAGCCUGAAGAGUUGCUCUUGCGGCCGAACUCGCCUGAGCUGCAACAUGACCUCGCGAAGCUAAUGGGGCAAAGUGCGCAGGUGAUGUGGAUGUGGGGACGCCGCGGACAUCUCAAGCAUGGCUGUGGAGUCUGUGUGUGCUUCCACUGCGGCAGCCAUUGCAAGGGCCACAAGUGA